AUGAAGCAGCGCAGAACAGCGUCGUGUGUGACAGAAAAGAAGAGGAAGAAGAAGAAGAAGAAGCUCCCGCAAAGCAGUCUCGAGGCUGAAGAUGGAUCCCGCAGUCUGGGGAGGGGCCCAUCAGUCCACGAUGCCCUCGACGCCGGAGAAAAAAAAGCUGGAGCCGCCCAAAGCACAGACGCUGCAGCGUAUUGCGGGCUGGAGCUAAAAAGGGCAAAACAGCAGAGUCCGCGAGAGAGGCAGCAGUUUGCAGCAGCAGCAGAUUCGUCUUGCAGGCUCGAGGCUGCGAUUGCCAGUGGCUGCAGUGCUGGUGAUGAUGAAGAAUUGCUGGCUCUCCCUCGGCGUCUCGUCCGCGGCCCUCUUCCCUCUGCAGACGGCGAUGGCAAAGCGAACAGAGAGGCGAUGGAUGGAAUGGAUGGAUUGGACAGGAUGGCGCGGACUCAGUGGACGAUCCGAUGGAGAUUGGGCGUUGCAAAAAAGGAUGCAGCUGGACCAGACCCUAAAGAGCAGGGAGGAUCCCCCCAUGGAAAAAGGCUGGACCAGGCCACAGAACCAUGGGGUCAGUCAUUAACGGCUGGGUCUAGCGCACCGGCUAGUGCUGUAAUCAAUUGCUAG